AUGCUCAGCAACACCAAGACCUUCUUCAUGUGCAUCGCCGCUCUGGCCCUCUCAACCGGAGUAAACGCAGAGGCGCAGGUGGCUCAGACGCUGGUGGGCGCCCGCGUUGGCGUGGGCGGUCUGGGUGUCUACGGUCCUGGUGUCUAUGGCCCUGGUGUCGGCGUCUAUGGCCCCGGCUACGGCUACAACGGGUACGGCUACAAUGGAGUGGCCCCUGCGGCGGCCUACCCGAGCAACGGCGGCGGCGCAACGGCAAGUGCGUCUGCGACCGCGAAUGCACUCAAGCUCCGCUCGGAGGAGGAGGAGUAA